GCGAAUUUUAACUUGUUGUACUAAUAAUUGUUAUGUAAUUGUAGUUAAAAGUACCAAACAAAAUCGUAACAAUAUCCGAUUCCUAUAGAUGAGGAGUCAACUUUGUCAGCAGCGUUUUAUUUCUAUGGUUUCAUAUCACUUAAAGGGAACCAAUCGUAGACAUUUCCUGAAUCUGACUACUACGCCUACUUAUAUAUCUUUCGUCUGUGAAACAUCGACCUUCGAAGAGUAGGCCUACUUAUAAAUAGUGUUUAAAGGCCUUUGAGGAUUAAUUUUAUCCCAGUAGACAUUGGUAUCGCCUUAUAAAAGUUUUAAGAGGAAAGAAAAGAAGCGGAUAUGAGUUUCUUGUUUGGAAACCGUUCAUCAAAGACAUUCAAGCCCAAGAAAAAUAUCCCAGAAGGCUCUCACCAGUAUGAACUUCUGAAACAUGCAGAAGCCACUUUAGGAAGUGGUAAUCUUCGAGCGGCCGUGAUGUUACCGGAGGGAGAAGACCUUAAUGAAUGGAUUGCAGUCAAUACUGUGGACUUUUUCAACCAGAUCAACAUGCUCUAUGGCACGAUCACUGAAUUUUGCACAGAAACCAGUUGCUCUGUUAUGUCUGCCGGACCCAGGUAUGAAUAUCACUGGGCAGACGGGACCAACAUCAAAAAACCCAUCAAGUGUUCAGCGCCCAAGUACAUUGACUACUUGAUGACCUGGGUUCAGGAUCAGCUGGAUGACGAAACCCUCUUCCCGUCCAAGAUCGGCGUUCCGUUUCCCAAGAACUUCAUGUCCGUGGCGAAGACUAUUCUGAAGCGUCUGUUCAGGGUUUAUGCUCAUAUUUACCACCAGCACUUUGACUCGGUCAUGCAGCUUCAGGAGGAAGCUCACCUCAACACCUCCUUCAAGCAUUUUAUCUUCUUUGUACAGGAGUUCAAUCUCAUCGACCGCAGAGAGCUGGCACCCCUUCAGGACCUUAUUGAGAAACUAGGCAGCAAGGAUAGAUAGAAACUGGUAUUAAUACCAUAUUCGGCAGCCUUGAUGCGUUUUCCAGAGAGCCUUUCUUUUUUCCUGUUCACUUUUUGGAAACUGAAAUUGCUGUUUGUGCACAGUGAUGGUUUUUGCAAUAUCUCAACUGUGCUUCCCCAAGUCUUUUUGAAAACUCUUGAUUUAUGUGUGAAUUUUUUCUGGUUUUCUGUUGUCAGUAUUACACUGUAGCCUUUAUUUUUUGACAUGGAUUGGUGAUGGACUGGGAUGUGAAACCAUAUCAGAGUUUAGUUUUUAUGGGAGUAGAACUAAAACCUGCUUUUUAUUGUUUUGGUGGAAAAAAGAGAGAGGUUUAUUUUAUUUGUACUUUUUUAUUGUUUUGUACAAGUUUGAAGACAAAUGUUUUUUUUUUUUUAAUGUUUUUAUUUCUUAUGUGAUUGCAUAUUCAACAGUGAACCUUUCCAAUGAGAUUUAUUUCCAGCAGUGUUUCAUGCUAAAUUUUAUUCUUCCUUUGUGAUUUUAUUUGUUGUCACAAUAAUCUAGCCAAUGAAGUUGUUAAAGAUUCCCAAAUGCUUUUUAAAUGAUGAAAUGGUUAUUCAUUAAUACUUGCUGAACUUUUUAUCUUAAUGUAUUUUGUGUUGUUGGCAUUUUAAGA